AUGCAGCCAUCGGCUUCGUAUUCCAUGCCUAUCAAUUCACCAUCUCAAAGACCGCUUUCGCUUCCGCCUCCUGGAUUAGAUGACGAAGAACGGGUGAAGCUGAUGCGCGACAUUAUGCACGCUAAGGAAGAGCUACUCCGCUUUCGCAAUGAAAUGGAUGGCCUCGCGCAGCAGAUUGACGGCAUGGCCAUUGAUUUGAAUGAUUCCAAAGAUCGUGUUUUGGAAAUCGAGGACGACUUGACGUCCACGCAAGAAGUCAAUGUUGAUUUACAAGUCUUGCUGGAAAACGCUGUCAAGACCCAGAGGGAAUCGGACGGACAGACCACGCACAUGAUCAGAAACAUGCAUUCAAAUCUAGCCAACAUCGUCUAUGAAAACAGUCAGUUGCAGGAAAGGUUAGCAUCGCUUGCCAUGCACCAGGAAAAAUACCAAGGAAACGUCGUCGACGUGGGUGAACGAAUGCGAGAGUAUGCGCAUAUGCUUGAGCAGGCUCAAGGCACGAUCCAAUAUCUACAGGCACCUCGCCACUCGCGCCCCAUCAAGACUCGGGAAGACAUCAUGAAUGCACUGUCGAUCAGGGACGGACUGAGCUCACGACGUGCAAGCGACAUUUCAUCCAUUUACUUGACUGAGGACGACGAAGUAUCCGGCAUUGCCUCGCGCAAACAAUCGGAAACGACCACGCUUACCUCUCCAUCAAUAUCUCCCGACCCUUCACCACUCGCUGCAGCAACAGCAGCAGCAACAGCAGCGGUCACAGUAGGCCGACAACGUCCUCAAUCACGUUCGGGAAGCAUUUCACCUGAUAUUGCAGAGCUCUAUCGUCAUCGCAUCAUCCGCAAACGACCGUCGCUACCUAGCGGUAUGUCUCCCUUGUUCACUCACACCUGCACCAGCCAACAACAUCAACAUCAACCACAACAAGAGCUACAAAAACCUAAAGAGAAAAAAGCCGUCGAUGAUGCUAUGGGAAUGGGAGCAGCAUCAGCAGGAGGAGGAGUAGGUCUUGGAAGUCUUAUAGGGGAAGGAGGAGGAGCUCCAUCCAAUUCACCUCAACAAGGACUACGACUUCUCUUGCGGAAUCAAGGUGGUCAUGGCCUAGGCUUGUCAUCGCUAGCAGAUUCUAAACAACAAUAG